AUGGAUAUAGUUUUCUUUGCAAUAGCCGCUAUUGUGUUUUUAUGGAUCAUAAAUCGUUGGAAAUCCAGAGCAUUUAUAAGGCUGGCCUAUAAAGUACCAUCGAAUAGAUGGCAUACAUUCUUGGGCUGGGGUAAAAUAUUGAGCGGAAAAGAUAUUCUUCAAUGCAUGUAUAAGUAUGGCAAGAAAUAUGGUCCAAAUUCCGUAUAUUGGAUAGGUCCAUUUCCAUUUUUCCUCUCAACUGAUCCACAGAUAUUAAAGGAAAUUCUAACAUCUAAAAACUGUAUAGACAAGCCAAUGCUACUGUAUAAUGGAUUCACUAGAUUAGUCGGUCAAGGUAUUAUAACAGAAAGUGAACCAAUUUGGAGUAAACAUCGCAAAUUAUUGAAUAGAGCAUUCUCCCAUAAAAUUUUGAUAUCAUUUUUUCACAUAUUUCACAGAGAAGCCAACACUUUGAUUGAACAAAUUCAAAGAAGUUUGAAUAAGGAAGGAAUGCUGGAAUAUAUAGCUGAUAUUUGUUUUACACAAAUUAUGACCAUUAAUUGGAUACGUAAACUAGCCGACAUAUUUCUAUAUAAAACUGCCAGUAAUGGUGUGAAUAUGUUUCGUCGGCUUGUCGUUCAAUCUAUGGAUAUUCUGCAAAAAAAAGAUACAACAGAUCCCAGCUAUUUACCCGAAGUUAAUAGUGUUUUAGAACACGCUCUGAGUGGUACUCAUCAGAAUUUACUUAAAGUGGAUGAAAUAGAAGGACAAAUGAUGCAUCUCUUUGCUGGGGCCACGGAAACCACAUCUAGUACAUUGUUUUUUGUACUAUCUUUACUGGCGAUGCAUGAAGAAUAUCAGGAACGUGCUUAUGAAGAAAUAAUAAGCAUAUUGGCUGAUGAUGAUGACUCGGUCAUAACAUUGCAACAGGUCAAUCAAUUAUACUAUUUAGAUAUGAUCUUAAACGAGACCAUGCGUAUUUUACCCGUAGUACCAAUGGUGUUUCGAAAAGUUACCAAUGAGGAUCUAUCACUUAGCAAUGGUUUGACACUGCCAGUUGAUCAGUACAUUUGUAUUGAUAUUUUUCGUUUGCAUCGCAGCAAAGAACUUUGGGGUCCCGAUGCGGAUGCUUUUAAUCCCGAUAACUUUCUACCCAUAAAUGUUGCCGCACGUCAUCCCUACUCAUUUAUACCAUUCACCAAAGGACAAAGAUAUUGUAUUGGUUGGAGAUAUGCUAUAUUAUUUGUUAAAAUUUCUCUGGCUAAAUUAAUUAAAGCAUACAAAUUUACUACGGAUUUUAAGUACGAGAACUUAACUCCUGAGAAUCGUAUGACAUUGAGGUUAGUGGAAGAACCGCGACUACAUAUAGAACGACGAAAAGUUCGAGAAUAA